CCUCCUCGGAAAUGUAUCUCAAUUUCGAAAACUUUUUGUUAUGUAGGUGGAUUCGCUUGGGAUAAUACGAUCAGAAAUCUGGAGAUACAGUUUUUUUUUAAUUUUUUUUCGGGUACACUUGAAUAUGAUCUGCGAUGGAUCGUCGAAGGAAUAUGUCUUUGAUAGCAGCUGCGGCGAAAGCGAAAAGGUCCAGACUAGCAAGAUUAUACUUCAGAGCUGCAGUUCGAUUGACUUAUGACAAUCAUUAUUGGCUAGAAGAUACCGAAGGCGAACAGCUCGGUAUGAAUGUUGCAAAAAACAUACAAAUACUGACGAGGAAAAAACCAAAAGGACAAUUCUCGUUAACGGAAAAAGCAAUAAUGAAAGUUCCCCAAGAGAAAAGGACUGAAGCUGAAAAACAUCAUCUUCGCCGCGUACUAGGAACAAUGAAAUGCUUCAGAAAAUAUCCCUCAGAAGUGAAAAAGGACCUUGCCGCUAUAACAUACUACGCCGAGUACGAUGCCGAUCGAGUAAUCGUGAGACAGGGGGAUGAAGCCCUCGCCCUCUAUUUCGUAAUUUCGGGCACUGCAAGGGUGCUGAACUCCAAAUACGAUCCACUGACCGACCAAACAUCGCAGGUCGUCGUUAAAGUUAAAGAGGCGGGAGAUAUGUUCGGUGAACUGGCCCUUUUAAUUGGGGCCAAAAGGAGCGCCACGAUUGAAACAAACGAACGCGCCGAAUUUCUGUUAGUGAAACGCGACGACUUCGACAGGGUCCUCAGGGAUACGGUGCUGAAGGAAUGGAACGAGAUCAAGAAGGCCAUCAACAAGUUCGAAUACUUCAAGAUGUGGGACGACCGCUACAUCCAGCAGAGUUGCAUGGUCUCGAAGAUGCGCUACUACGACGAAAACGCCCUGAUACUCAGCGAGGAUCACGGCGACAAGAGAUACGUCUACUUCUUGAUAGACGGAUCUGUUGAUCUGCUGGAAUGCGUGGAGAUGAAGGUUACGUCUUACAAGGACACCAGGACCUACUCCCUGUUCAACCCCUUCGAGUUCGCGUCGCUGCCAAGGGGCGGAUCAUUGGCGGUGGACUUGGGGAAGAUCCUGAAGGACAAGCUAGAACCGGGCAAAUCGCUGUCGGACAUGAGACUGAGAGGGCCCCAUUCACAGCGUUUUUCGGUGGGAUCAGGGGAGAAUCAGGACAUUUUCUCCAAGAGCCUGUUGAGGUUGCGCGACUCAGAAUUGGUCGGAAGCAAGAAGAAGGGGAAGAGGUACAAAAGAGCGGUUUUCAAGCCUUCCUAUGACCACGUCCUGGGCGAAAUGACGCCCGCCCAACGAGUUAAUUAUGUGAAGCAGUUUGAGAGUCGAUUGUCGAGAGUGACUUGCGCCAAAGAAGUUCCUGUCACCACUUUGGAGACCUACUUCAUAAGAGUUGCCAAGAUGGGCGAGCUCGCCACUUUCAACAUAGGCGAACACUUGGACUCUAGGUAUUACGUGUCAAGAACGAAGGUAAAACUGCUAGCCAUCCCUCGAUAUUGGCUGCUGUCUAGGGAUAAACCUACCUGGAACAAUAUAUCGAUUUUCCUGAGGAACCGUCUGCCUACUCGGCAGCAACUUUACGAGGAAUUUGCCAAAAAGCGUGGUUGGUUGGAUUACCGGAGAGAAUGCUAUUACGACAUAGCCGGCCAAUCCCACAAGUCCAACAUAAACUCCAUCAACAACGUUCCUCUGAGUAUACGCCUGAAGGAGGACCUGGAAUUUUAUUUAUGCAGUAAACCCUUUCCGACCAGGAAGAUAUCUUCUAUUUUGGAAAUGUUGCAGAAGGAGGAACAGCCGGAAAAGGCUCCUACCCCUGAAGAAAAAGCUUUAAAAUCUUUGCGGGCGAGAAAGAGAUUCAGGACGGCUGCCAGACUAGCCUUGGAAAAUCAGUUUUGGUUGGAGGAUUUUUCCGAUAUGAAAUUAGGGGAGAAUGUGUUGAGAAAUAUAAGACUUCUGACUCAAAAAUCAAAGAAAAAGAGCAACUUCACGAUAGAGCAAAAACGGAUUAUGAGCACUGAGAAAGAUCUUCGAACAGAAGACGAGAAAAAGAAAUUGCAUAGGGUCUUAGGAGGCCUCAAAUGCUUCAGGAGAUAUCCAAAUAGUGUGAAGGAGCAAUUGGCAGAGGUAACGUAUUUUCGUUAUAUACCGCCGAAGAGGACAGUCGUUAGACAGGAUGAUGAGGCUAAAGCCCUAUUUUUCCUGCUCUCUGGCGAAGUGGUGGUAUACAGAACCGUAUUCGAUACAGUAUUAAACGAAUGGGUAACCAAUGAAGUUGGAACUAGAGAAGCCGGUACCAUGUUUGGAGAGGUGUCAUUGUUACAUGGCGUCAAGAGAACUGCCACUGUCAUAACAUCUGAUCACUGUGAGAUGCUUGUACUACGUAAGGAAGAUUUCGAUGCUGUGCUGAGAUCGUCAGUUAUGGCAGAAUGGGACGAGAUCCGAAGAUGCAUGUCCAUGUUCACAUACUUCAACGCUUGGGACGAAAUAACGCUAAGAGACUGUUGCAUCCUUUCAAAAGUCAAGUAUUACGGCGUCGAAGACAUCGUGCUCGGCGAGGAUAUAGGCGAUAAAAGAUAUGUGUAUUUCAUUAUAGAAGGUCAGUGUCACCUGGUGGAGUAUCUGGACUUGGAGGUGUCUGAGAUCGGUUGCAGGAAGUCGUAUAAGCUUUUGAGCACCGUGGAACAGCCACCUGCAACAUCUGAAAAAGACAAGAUAGCUGAUGUUUCCACGCAAACAUUGAACGAACGUCAGCUGUCUGAGGGGUCUGGUUCAGAAGAGAAUCCGGAAAGAGUUGGAUCCUCUUUGGAUGUGGGGAGGUCCUAUCAACAAGUAACAAAAUCAAUCAGAACAUUAUUCAUAAGAGUCGGAAUUUUCAAUCCGCUCGCCACUUUCAACAUAGGCGAAAAGUUCAUAAGACGCUUCAUCAUAACCUCGAAAAGGACCAAAGUGCUUCUGAUCCCCCGGUACUGGCUGAUCCAGAAGAAUAAGGAGAUCUGGAACCACAUAAGACACUUCCUAAACCAGCGUUUGCCGGACACCAAAUCGGUGUUUCACGACUUCAUCCAACAGAAGAAAUGGUACGCUUAUAAAAGGGGUCUGGUGCAGGAGAUUCUAUCGAAUUGCAAGAAGGUCAAUUUGAAUAACAUCCACAACGUUCCUUAUAGUAUUCGGAUGCAAGAAGACAUGAGCUAUUAUGAAUGCAGCGAAGGAAAGAACGAAAGUGAAACUCCACGAAAGCUGUGAGAUGAAUGUUGAUUUAACUGACGGUUUUUUUCCUUUGAAAUGUGUAAAUGGAAGUGAUAGAAUGUGUUCUCUGAAUUCACUGUAGAUAGCUAGUAAGAAGUUUUGUUUUAUAGCACAAUUAUUGAAGGAAUGAAAUAGGGCAUAAAUAAAAGUAUCACUAUUU